AAGGCGGCGCGCCGCCUGUGUCAUCCGCCAUCUUGUGCGAAGCAAGGUGGCCUCCACGUUCCCCGAACGUCUUCUCCGCUUCUGCCUCGACCGCCCCUUGAUCACAGACAUGUCUCGGGACCGGUUCCGAAGUCGGGGCGGUGGCGGUGGCGGUUUCCACCGACGCGGAGGGGGAGGCGGCCGCGGCGGCCUCCACGACUUCCGCUCCCCGCCACCCGGCAUGGGCCUCAAUCAGAACCGCGGACCUAUGGGGCCCGGCCCGGGCCAGGGUGGCCCCAAGCCUCCGAUCCCGCCACCGCCUCCGCACCAGCAACAGCAGCAGCCACCGCCGCAGCAGCCGCCACCACAGCAGCCGCCGCCGCUUCAGCCGCCGCCGCACCAGCCGCCGCAUCCGCAGCCGCCGCAUCCGCAGCCGCCGCCGCCGCCACAGGACUCAUCUAAGCCUGCCGUCCCUCAGGGACCCGGCCCGGCUCCCGUAGUAGGCAGCGCUCCCCCGGCCUCCGGCUCGGCGCCGCCCGCCACACCCCCGACUUCGGGGGCCCCCACGGGGCCAGGCCCCACCCCGACCCCGCCGCCCGCUGUCACCUCGGCGCCCCCCGGGGCGCCCCCGCCCGCGCCGCCGAGCAGCGGGGUCCCCACCACCCCCCCUCAGGCUGGCGGCCCGCCGCCUCCACCCGUGGGGGGCCCGGGCCCCGGGCCUAAGCAGGGCCCAGGGGCCAUCGGCCCCAAAGGCGGCAAAAUGCCAGGCGGGCCGAAGCCCGUCGGCGGCCCAGGCCUAAGCACUCCUGGCGGCCACCCCAAGCCGCCGCACCGAGGCGGCGGGGAGCCCCGCGGGGGCCGGCAACACCACACGCCCUACCACCAGCAGCACCACCAAGGGCCGCCGCCCGGCGGGCCCGGGGGCCGCAGCGAGGAGAAGAUCUCUGAUUCCGAGGGGUUUAAAGCCAACUUGUCUCUCUUGAGGAGGCCUGGAGAGAAAACUUACACACAGCGUUGUCGGUUGUUUGUUGGUAAUCUACCUGCUGAUAUCACGGAGGAUGAAUUCAAAAGAUUAUUUGCUAAAUAUGGAGAACCAGGAGAAGUUUUUAUCAACAAAGGCAAAGGAUUCGGAUUUAUUAAGCUUGAAUCUAGAGCGUUAGCUGAAAUUGCUAAAGCUGAACUUGAUGAUACACCCAUGAGAGGUAGACAGCUUCGGGUUCGAUUUGCCACACAUGCUGCUGCCCUUUCUGUUCGAAAUCUUUCACCUUAUGUUUCCAAUGAACUGUUGGAAGAAGCCUUUAGUCAGUUUGGUCCUAUUGAAAGGGCUGUUGUAAUUGUGGAUGAUCGUGGAAGAUCUACAGGGAAAGGCAUUGUUGAAUUUGCUUCUAAACCAGCAGCAAGAAAAGCAUUUGAAAGAUGCAGUGAAGGUGUUUUCUUACUAACAACAACUCCUCGUCCAGUCAUUGUGGAACCCCUUGAACAGUUAGAUGAUGAAGAUGGUCUUCCUGAAAAACUUGCACAGAAGAAUCCAAUGUAUCAAAAGGAGAGAGAAACCCCUCCUCGUUUUGCCCAGCAUGGCACAUUUGAGUAUGAGUAUUCUCAGAGGUGGAAGUCCCUGGAUGAAAUGGAAAAACAGCAGCGGGAACAAGUUGAAAAAAACAUGAAAGAUGCAAAAGACAAAUUGGAAAGUGAAAUGGAAGAUGCCUAUCAUGAGCAUCAGGCAAAUCUUUUGCGUCAAGAUCUGAUGAGACGCCAGGAAGAAUUAAGACGCAUGGAAGAACUUCAUAAUCAAGAAAUGCAGAAACGUAAAGAGAUGCAAUUAAGGCAAGAGGAGGAACGACGUAGGAGGGAAGAAGAGAUGAUGAUUCGUCAACGUGAGAUGGAAGAACAAAUGAGACGCCAAAGAGAGGAAAGUUAUAGCCGGAUGGGCUACAUGGAUCCGAGAGAAAGAGACAUGAGAAUGGGUGGUGGAGGAGCAAUGAACAUGGGAGAUCCCUAUGGUUCAGGAGGCCAGAAAUUUCCACCUCUAGGUGGUGGUGGUGGCAUAGGUUAUGAAGCUAAUCCUGGAGUUCCACCGGCAACAAUGAGUGGUUCCAUGAUGGGAAGUGACAUGCGUACUGAGCGCUUUGGGCAGGGAGGUGCGGGACCUGUGGGUGGACAGGGUCCUAGAGGAAUGGGGCCUGGAACUCCGGCAGGGUAUGGUAGAGGGAGAGAGGAGUAUGAAGGCCCAAACAAAAAACCCCGAUUUUAGAUGUGAUAUCUAGGCUUUCAUUCCAGUUUGUUUUUGUCUUUUCUUGUUUAGAUACCAAUCUUUUAAAUUCUUGCAUUUUAGUAAGAAAGCUACCUUUUUAUGGAUGUUAGCAGUUUAUUGACCUAAUAUUUGUAAAUGGUCUGUUUGGGCAGAUAAAAUUAUGUAAUGCAGUGUUUGAAACAGGGGAAUUUUUUUUCCUUUUUUUCCUUCUUUUUUUUUUUUUUUAACUGUAUAAUGUCCCUCAAUUUAUGGCAGUGUACCUUGUGCCACUGAAUUUCCAAAGUGUACCAAUUUUUUUUUUUUACUGUGCUUCAAAUAAAUAGAAAAAAUAGUUAAGAUUUUGAUCUUCAACUUUGCCAUUCAUGCUUCUAUGCACAUUAGGCUAGGUAUUCCACUUGGAAAGCAUAAGAGUGUCUAGGCCUUUGAAUGGCAUAUGCCAUUUCUGGGAAAUGUAUUUGUAGGCUAAGUAUUGCUUUCUACAUUUAAGUACCCCCUUGUUUUAAAAAGAAGAAAUGCAUAUUGAAGUAGUUUCAUGAUUUGAUUUGUUUGGCAUUAUAGGAAGCAAGCCGGUGCUAAGUAUUUUUAAAUGGCUAUGUAAGCAAAGCUGAACUGUAAAUCUUCAUUCAGGAAUGUGUAUUAAGAUUAUGGAAUGGGUGUAAGACUAUUGGUAGGGGGAGAAAGUGGGUAUGACUUAAAUGGAUCUUUUAUGGCCCUAUGAUCUAUCCUUUCCUUGAAAGUUUCUGAAGAACAAGUGGAAAGAUCAUUUUGUUGCAUUCCUCCAUUCUUGUUUUUUUAAAGAACGAGUCCCAAGCCCUAUGAACGGCUUGUAUUGAACUUUCACAUUUGAAUUAAAGAUUGUUAAACAUGAAGUCUUUUCAUGUAUUACUUCAAGUGAUUUAUAAAGAUGGGGUUUAGUCUGAAUAAUUCAACUCGAAAGUAAGGUAUAGUCAUCAUAAAGUAGGUUUGGCUAUGUACACAUUUGUACUCUGUAACUUUUACAUCUCCUUGUGCUACUUCUGUUGGGCAAAAAUCUGUAGGACUAUAAAAAAAACCUAUUUUCUUUUCUAAGAGCUGGUAGUGACUGUUAAUAACAAAUAGGGUUGCAGAGAACUAUUCUUACUGUGAAAUAUUUUUAACCUGUUUUUCCAUAGUUUCCUUUUGAUGUAGCACUAAAUCUGGAGAGUUGCUCCUGCUACACAGUACAAAUAUUCCUUUCUCCCACCAUAAAGCUUUGGAGCUUUUCGAUGGUGUUGUCAGUUUAUCGUCAACUUCAUUGAAUCUCCUUUCAUUAGAGACAUUUUGACAUACUAAUAAAAUAGAUCCUUACUGUUGUCUGUUAGUACAAUGGGAACCUGCUUUCCCAUGUUUAUAUUGUUAGCAGAGGAAUAACUUCCUAAAAGUAGUAGGUAAGGUAACUGAAUGGUUUGGCUUUGUUCUUAGUUAUGUUUCCAUUCAAAUUUGUACAUUAUAGAACUCUUACUAUGGAAUGUGUCUUCCUCCUUUUCACCUCUGUUGGUGUUAAUUGGCAAACGUAAAAUUCUAAACCAAAUCUUUGUUUAAAUACUGAAGGCUUAGUAUUGUGCCUGAGUACAAAGGGAAACCUGUUGUUGAAACAAUUGAGCACUUGUGCAUAGGAAACCUGUUAAUACUAAAAGUAAAACACUAGUGGGGUAUAAAGGCAUGCCACCGAAUUCUGGUUGUGUGACUGACAGGUACCUGGUGUGCUAAUUAAGGGAGAGAAUCUCAUUAGAAAAUGUUCAUUAUUUCUGUUCACCAAGACACUUGGAAAUGAGUAGUUCUACCAUAAUUAUAUCAAUGAGGAAGUUUUGUCCCAAGUCAAGUUAUUAAUUGGUGAUAAUGUAUGAGAUUUUUCUGUACCGGAAACAAGGGUCUUGAUUUGAAAGGAGUCCAUUACAAUUUGAUUGAAUUGUAUGGUAGGGACUCCACUAAUGAUAAGAAAAUAAGGGGUGUUCAUGGGACACCCACAGAGGGUGAACUUGAAUGUGUGGGCGGGGGCUGGUGGGGAAAUGGAAACAUCUGCCUAUAAAAUUAAUGUUUCAGUUUAUUUUUCAGAUUACAUGCCUUUCUUUAUAAGGGAUGCUGGCACAGACCCCUAAAAUAAGCUUUUGGUAGUACUGUACCUUUGAAGAGUGGUGAAGGAUGCUAAUGGAUAAUCUCCUGAAAGUUGUGGUUUUGAUAGCCUUACUGUGUAGAAUUGCUAAACGUUGUUUAGCAAGUAAUGUUGCUUAGUUUCAACUAAGUUUUGACUUUAAUCACUGAAACAGCAGUGUACCAAGGGUCGUAAGCUACUCAAAUAGACUUUCAACAAGUCUUGGAAUGUAUAUGAUAGUUUUUAGCCUAAUGUGAAUUUGAAUCAUCUUUAAAAGUAGAUUCCUAAAAGCUGAUUUAUGAAACUUGGGGUGGGAAAGGGAAAGUAGUACUUUUGAAGUAUUUUAGCCAUUUUUCUCAUUUAAAGAAACCACCUGCCCCCGUUUCCUCUUCUCCACUUUCUCUCAUAAUUUUGUUUUAAGAGGAGCACUGAUUGUUUUUAAACUUAUUACUCCUCUUAUAAUUCCUAAUCUUUAAAAACUGCAUUCUCUAAGAGAUCCCAGUGUAUUUAAUAGGUGUUUUAGAAACUUAACCCAUUGGCUCAACGUUUAGUGAAACCAUAAUCCUCUUUACUUAGAUAAACUUCUAAGAAAUACUAUAAGCCCCACCACUCUUUAUUAGAUGUAUUAUAUCACUGAUAUAAACAGACAAUAAUUUGGGAAAUUGUAAUGUUACGCCUGUGCAAUUUUUAUAAGUGGCAUAUUAUGGCAGAUAAAAAUUUAGAUACUUGGCUUUUCUUGGGCAAGCCACUAAGUUGUGGCGGAAUAUUUUCUGGUGUUCUUGGACUGCAAUUAUGCACUAUUAAAGUAGUGGCCUGCUACAUAACUGCAUUUAGCCAGCAUUUCUGCAGUGCGUAACUGUGAGGAACGUAGUACCGCAAAUGGCAAUGGACAUUAGGACCCGGAUGUAGUAUUCCUGCUUGCUCCGAGAUUCUCAUUGCCGACUGCAUACAGGUAAGAAUGAUUGAUGUUGGCUGAUAUUGGAGUGUUCAUUCCGUUGAAGUGGAUAAGAUAUUUGUUCUCAAGACAUCACACAGCAUGAGCUGAUCAAGAAGGAAAGCUACAACUUGAUAGACUGAUGAAUUAUCUAGGAUCAGGUGAACUAUGUCCCGAAAACCAGUGAGGAAGAGAGAAAAGAGGAAUAAACAACCUGUUGUUUAAUAAAGACAUUUUAAAAUCA